UAAAGAUUUAUUUAUUAUGUAUACAGUGUUCUGCCUGCAUGUAUGCCUGCACACCAGAAGAGGGCACUAGGUCUCAUUCCAGAUGGUUGUAAACCACCAUGUGGUUGCUAGGAAUUGAACUCAGGACCUCUGGAAGAGCAGCCAGUGCUCUUAACCGCUGAGCCAUCUCUCCAGCCCCGGUGGCAAAUAUUUUUUACCUGAUGAGCCAUCCUCUUACCAGCCACAUCCUGGGUUAAGAUGACCUUACGGUCACUAGCCCAAUAUUCUCAGCAGUGGGUUGAUUGAGGAACAGAGCGCAUAAAACAAUGGCGUUUAUUAAUGCUGACUCUCCUUAUCAAGAAGCAGGUGAGUAUCCUGUGAUGUGAAUGAUCGUGUGCCUCUGUGUGACUCACACAUCCUGAUCGAGGACUUACCACGUGGCAGACAGUGCUCGGCAGGUUAAUGAGCUCUUCCUUAGGAAAUAUAUUCUUAUACAUUGCCUAAUAGCAUCAGCAACCCAUUUUAUAGAUGAACAGAAUGAGGCUCAGAGGAAGCUACACACUGCAUUCUCUUAAAGUAGCAAGGGCAAGGCUAGGGUUCGGUCUGACGAGCCUCACUUCAAAGGCUCAGUUGUGGUGGGGCCCUCACUUCUUCCUGCGACUAGCACCAUGCCGGCAGUCAGAAACAUAGUCUCCAUCUCUGAGCCCACCUGUGUCCAUUCCACCCGCCUGCUGUACAACCACGAGGUGACGGCCAUGGAGGAUAAUAUUAAUGUCCUCAUUAAAGCAGCUGGUACCAAUGUUGAACCUUUCUGGUCUGGCUUGUUUACUGACCAAUAUCAACACUGGAGCCUCAUCUGCAAUGUAGGGGCUGGUGGCCCUGCUCCAGCAGCUGGAGCCUCAGCAGCAGGUCCUGCCCUCUCUAUUGCUGCUGCCCCAGCCGAGGAGAAGGAAGGGGAAGCAGAGAAGGAAGAAUCUGAGGAGGCUGAUGACAACAUGGGCUUUGGUCUUUUUGAUUAAACCUCUUUUGUUCACAUGUCCAAUAAAAGGAUGAGCCCGUUAAAAAAAGAAGAGUAAAUUUUACUUCUGUGGAGUCCAGGCCCAUCACAGAGCAAGGGGCUCUGCUUGGCCAUCCAUUCACUCGUAAAAUACCGUAUGCCAUUGGGAAUAUAGAUGCAGACAUCUGGGGACACAUGACUAGAGUUAAAUGUCUUUUCUGCUAGACCUACGAUUUCUGUUGUCCCUGCCACUGCCAUGCUAUGUUGACCAGGCUGGGCUGAACUUCCAGGUUCUAGUGAUCUUCUGCCUCAGUUUGCAGCUGUAUGCCACCAAACCCUUGCCUUUGGCUGGCUUUAAGUUUCACAUAGAUGUGUAGGGAGAAGCAAUGAAACAACUCUACCCUCUGGUCCUGGCUGGCUUUCAGAAAUAAACGGGCAUGAAAUAAAUGAACAGGAGAAAAGGCAUACAGAUUUCUCAGACUCAAGUUUUGUGUGUCAUAGGAGUUUGCUUGGAGAAAUGAAGGUUUAUGGAUUUGUGGAGUUUUGUGAAUCAUAGGAGUUUGCAUGGAGAAAUGAAGACUUGUGGAUUUGUGGGGUGUCCAUGAGGCCUGAAGUAUCACUUCCAGAAAGAAAUAGGAAGUGUGAAGAAGAGGAGGAAGGGGAGGAGACAAAGACCCCAAGAAGCAUCUAGGGAAGACUCAGUUAUUCCUAUACUGUAGACAAAGAAGUGCUUAAAUUCAGUAGGAAGACUGAAAAGGCGAGUUAUUACUAUCUUUUGGGGGUGGUGCUGGGAAUGGAAUCCAGGGCCUCUGGGAGAUGGAUUCUUUCUGAUACAGUGAGGGUAGCUGUCAUAUGGGAAUUUCACUUCCUGCUUUGUUACUGUUUUAUUUUAUUUUUGAGACGAGGUCUCACUAUGUAACCCUGAGUGGCCUUGAACUCACAGAGAGUUCAUACCUCUACCUCCUGAGUGCUGGGUUUAAAGGGACAUAUCACUAUCUGAGCCUCAUCUCCUGUUUUUAAGAAGCAGAAAAGAACAUUAUAAGAAGUUAACAGUCAUAUUGUGUAGCAGCAGGGACCUCUUGUUUAUCCCUGCUGCCCAGCUGCUUAGCCCCAAAAUAACCACACAGAAACUGUAUUAAUUAAAUCACUGCUUGGCCAAUUAGCUCUAACUUCGUAUUGGCUAACUCUUACAUCUUAAUUUAACCCAUUUCUUUUAAUCUGUGUGUCACCAUGAGGUCGCGGCCUACCAGCAAAGUUCUAGCACAUCUAUCUCCAGUGGCAGGUUCAUGGAAUCUCCCAACUCUGCCCUUCUUCCUCCCAGCAUUCAGUUCCGUCUUCUCCACCUACCUAAGUUCUGUCUUAUCAACUAGGCCAAGGCAGUUUCUUUAUUCAUUAAUGCUAAUCACAGCACACAGAGGGGACUCCUACAUCACCUUCCCUUUUCUGUUUAAAUAAAAAGGAAGGCUUUAACUUUAACAUAGUAAAAUUACAUAUUACAAAACAGGUAUCAAGCAAGAAUUUCAGUUACAAUAUUUAUAUCUACUUUAUCUUUUAUCAUAACUAAGAAAAGCUAUAGCUCUAACUAUAAAUUCUUCAACUCCAUCAAAGUCUCCAGAAAGAUAUAAUAUUACCUAAGUAAACAGGAAGUACAUUGUAAGCAACUUCCAAAACUCUAGAAUUGACA